CAUCGCAGCUCCGAUCCUUUCAUCGUGACUUCACUACAUGGUCUCUUUUUUGCCAGAUAUAUUCUUCUAAAUUAAACCGAGAAUCUGGUUAUCAGCAUCACCACAGGUCACUAACGUGGGUCAGCGUUUAUAACCAUGAUUGUUGAGAAGAGCGGACAAGCUGGAAUCGGAAAUGCUCAUUUGUUGCAACGUAUCGAUCAGCUUUUUGCAUGUGGAGCAAGUCAAUAUGUUGACAUACCACAAAUUGUGGUCAUCGGUGAUCAGUCCGCGGGAAAGAGUAGCGUGUUAUCCAGCCUCAUUGGCAAGGAUCUUCCUAGAGACUCAAGUCUUUGCACACGUUAUCCUACCAAAUUGAUCUUCCGGCGGUCUUCUGAGAUGACCGUCAGUAUCCGUGUCAUCGCAGACCCGGGGUCAUCGGAUAAGCAUCAGACUUUCAUCAAGUCAAUUAACAAGUGGGAUCUACAUAGCUGGGAUGACCUCAAUCUCGAGGACGUUAUGAAGGAUGUCAACAGCAAGAUCGGGAUUACGCCCGACGACGACUCCUCAUCGGAGGCUACUAGGUUCUCCAACGACAUACUUCAGAUAGAAAUCUCAGGGCCCGACCAGGAUCACUACAGCGUGAUCGAUAUACCCGGCAUUUUCAGAGACCCCGAACCCGGGAAAUCGACCAUGAAUGAUAUGGUAUUUGUUCGAUCGAUGGUUGAAUCUUAUAUGAAAAGCCCUCGAUCCGUGAUGUUGGCCGUGAUCCCUGCCAAUUGCGAUGUGGCUACCCAGGAAAUUCUACAAAUGGCGCAGCGAGUCGAUCCGGACGGCGACCGGACGCUAGGAGUACUGACCAAGCCUGAUCUGGUCGAUCCGGGCGCCGAGGAUCGUGUGAUCGACCUGCUUCGAGGGCGGUCGCGACCAUUGAAGCUAGGGUGGCAUGUUGUCCGCAAUGCUGGGCAAAAGGUGCUGAUGGACAAAACUCUUGACAAGCGCGCACUCGAAGUGGAGUUCUUCACGAACAAUUCCCCUUGGAAUAUCCUCAAAUCCGAUGAUUGGGGCGCGCAUGCGCUUGUAGUAAAGCUGCGCGAAGUCCUCGGUAGUCUUGUAAAGAGAACGUUUUCUCACGUCAAACGAGACGUGAAAGAGAUGCUUGCUAUUGAACACCAAGCGUUGAAAAAGCUCGGGCCAGAGAGAAAUACGCGUCCAGCCCAGGCAGCCUUUUUGAUCGACCUGUCUACCGAUUUCCAGGGAUUAGUACGCAACGCCCUUUCUGCCAGGACUGGAAACAGCGAAGUGUUCUCCGCGAACCCGAACUUGAAGAUAGCGCCAGUGAUCGUGGCACGUAUGGAGAACUUCGCGAGGACCAUGGCUCGCUGGGGUCAUGCUCAUCACUUGCGGUCGUCCACCGAGAAUGAGAGUGAGCACGAGGACGUAGAUUCAGACGAGACUGUUAGUGAUUCGAAUGAUACGAUAUCCAUAUUGACUAGACAGGAAGAAAACAUUUUGGAAAUCGAAGAUAUCCUGGACCCUCAAAGCGAACUCCCAAAACGAGAGACAGCGAAAGAGAACGCAUGGUUGCAGGACCUCUACUUGAACAAUCGGGGGUUUGAGAUUGGCACCUUUGAUCCUGCAAUAUUGUCAUCCGCAAUGCGAGAGCAAACUCAAAAUUGGCCUUGCCUUUGCCGAGGAUAUACGAGUGACAUCAUCGUCAUCAUUCACAAGUUCAUUCAGACAGCAUUGGAGACCAUUUGCAAGGACGACCGCCUUCAGAACAACCUCUACAAUCACAUCGAAGCGAGGAUUAGAGAAAGAUACGACCGCGCUAAAGAGCAAGUCAACUUCAUUCUAGCAGUGGAGCUCAAUGGCCAACCACUAACACACAACCAAUACUUCAAUGAAAAUUUACAAUCGAACCGGCAUACGCGAAUGUCGGACUUGCUUUCGGAGCUAAACAUCAAACACCAGCAAUACGGCAGGGACCUGCACAGCCCACCGAUCAGCAACCGCCAAUACAUCGUUCAGGACAUCGGCGACAUCCUCAGUGCCUACUAUCAUGUUGCCCGCAAACGCUUUGUCGAUAACAUUUGCAAACAGGCAACAGAUUACUUCUUGGUCAAUGGUCCGAAUACUCCUCUUACGGUCUUCUCACCCAAUCUCGUGAGUCAGAUGUCAGAUAAAGAGCUUCAGGAGAUUGCCGGCGAGGAGGAGCGGGUGAAAAGACAACGGGAGCAAAUCAACAAGGAUAUCAUCAACUUGGAGAAGAUCAUCAACAUCCUUUCGAAUUGAGCAAAAAUUAUGUCUGUUAUCGUUGUCGAUGUUCGCGAAGCAAUCUGUGGAUCUUUUCAACAAAGUGCAAACAGACUUCCUUGGCCGUUCAGCGUGCCCCAUAGAGAAAUUACGACAAAUCAUGUCAUAUUUAGAAUUAAUUUGACCCGCGGAAUACAUAUCUGAAGACCUC